AUGGCUGUCCCGUCGACUGGGAGGCGGCAGUCAUGGCAACAGUGGCAGCGAGCACGCGAAGACCCUGGCUACGAGUCGAUCUGGUCGCGGACCGGCUGCUACACGCGCAAGGAGGUAUACGACCGGGCGAACCAGUACGGACAAUGGUUCCAGGCGCAGGGCAUGCAGCCGGGUGACCUGGUGGCGCUAUUCAUGGAAAACUCGCCCGACUUUAUGACAGCCUGGAUCGGACUGCUAUCGGUGGGCGCAGCGCCGGCGAUGAUCAACUAUCACCUGACGUCGCAGGCGCUGCUGCACUGCCUGGCGAUCAGCAGCGCGCGGCUGGUGCUGGUGGACGGUCCGGCGACGAUCCACGAGCGAAUCGACGACGCACAAGACGAGCUGGCAGCGGCAGGCUACCGAGUGGUGAAGCUGGCGGACGUGCGAGCAGGCAUCUACGGCCAGGAUGUGCAGCGGCCAGGCGACGAGCUGCGGGCCGAUGUGGCGGGCGACUGGCCGCUGGGGCUGUUCUACACGUCAGGCACGACGGGGCUGCCCAAGGCAUGCUUCCGAUCGUCAUGGCGCACGGCCACGGGGUGUCCAACGAGACCGAUGCUGGCCGGCACGACGCUGUGCGUGGCGCCGCGUUUUAGUGUUCGCGGCUUCUGGCCCGACGUGCGCGAAUCGCGAGCCACCUGGUUCGUCUACGUCGGCGAGACGCUGCGCUAUCUGCUGGCGGUUCCCGCUGAUGAAGCUGCCGACCGUUGUCACGCUGUGCACUCCAUCUACGGCAACGGGUUGCGGCCCGACGUCUGGCAGCGCUUCCGCGAUCGUUUCGGCAUCCAGCGCAUCCACGAGUUCUUCAACAGCACCGAGGGGGUCUUCGCGCUCGACAACGUCUGCCGCGGCCCCUUUCUGCGUCAUGCCGUCGGCCACCACGGCGCCCUGCUGCGCCUGCGCUACCACGGCCUCUACGUGCCCGUGGCCGUCGACAGCGACACCGGCGACAUCGUCCGUGACCUCGCCACUGGCUUCGCCUGUCGCAUGCCCUACCACCUCGGCGUAUCGACCGCAGAGGUCGCCCAGGUGCUGGGCAACUUCCCCGGCAUCCUCGAGGCCAACGUGUACGGCGUCGAGCUGCCCGGACACGACGGCAAGGCCGGAGCAGCCGCCAUCUCCAUCGAUCCACAACAAUAG